CAACCUUCCUUUCGAAUUUUGAUAGAUUUUUGGAGAUGUUUCACUUAUGUCAGUGUUGAAUGUAUAAUUCUUGUUUCAUACAACAAUUUGUCGGUUUUAUUAAGUUAAUGAAUGUAUUUUUGCUUAGAAUGUUUUUAGUUUACAAAGUUUUUAAGUGGCACUGAAGUGGCAAAACUAAAAAAUUAAGUUUCUGAAUAUUACUUAUUAUUAUUGUUUUUCAUUUUUCGUAAAAUUCAUCUGUCCAAGUAGAUAAAAUACAUGUUUUCAAAAUAUGAAAAUAUAUAAAUAAAAGUUUACUUUUUUCAUUGUCUACAAAAGAAAAAAAAUAUAGCAUUGAAAAACUAUUGGAAAGUUAUUGAAAGCUAAGUAAACUUUUUCGAUUUAUCAAUUAAUAAUUUUUCAGGUAAAAUGAACAAUUUACCUUAUAUCAGAAACAGUUUAUGUUCAAGACUAUUGUGGUUAUGCUGUUUCAUAUGGAAUUUUUAAUACAACAUAUAAUGAAGAAGAUUAAACACCAUGGAAAAUAAGUUCAAUAUGAAAAGUAACCUAAAUGGUGAUUCAAGUUUUGUGAAUAAUUCUAUUAUGGUUCAAAAUAAGAAAAUUGUUAAGCAUGCUUUGAGACAACAAGUAAAACGACGUAAAAAAAAUACAACUAUUGCUGCUGGAAAUUUACGCUCAUUACCAAGACUUUCCCAGAUGCAAUCACCAAUGUCAACAUUAAUGGCAAUAUCAACUGAUCAAUCUUUGCCUGGAUUUAAUGAUCAACAAAAUCACAUUGUUUCAGAGGAAGCUGCUGCAACAAUGAAGGAAAUCUUAGCUAGUUUGCCAGGAUUUAGUUUCAAAUCAAAUAGGAGACGAUCGAAUAAAAGGUUAUCUACAGCUGCCCAAUUGGAAGCUGGAUUAGUCGAUUUAGAAUCUCCCGCUAGUAUUCUAUCAAAUAUAAGUCUUAGAGUUCUUUUAAACAGACACUCAUUUCAAGGAUUGCCGCCUUUAUAUCAAAGAAAAUUGGCACAAUUACUACCAGUUGUAGAUAGACAAGAAGCUGCCAAUGUAGGUUUAAAUAAUGAAUUUUUCGCAAGAGCUUGUCAAGAAUGGCGGAAGCGUUUGGCUGAAGGUGAAUUCACGCCAGAAAAUCAACAAAAAUUAAAAUUAGAAGCAGAAAAGGAUAAAAAUAAGCUAGACCCUUGGAAAUUGAAACAUUUUGAACCAAUUUGGGGAGAAAAACGAGAUGCACAAAAAAUAAAAUCCGCUUAUAAUUGUUUUGCUAGAGAUCAAAGAUUUCAGAAGAAUUUAUUUCAAUCAGGAAUGCAUUUUUCAGUCAAAUCUGAUGAAAAUAUGAUAGGAGACGAACACGACGCAUUUUCUGUGUCAUUAAAUAAUAAAAUAGAACAAAAUCUUUUAUCCGUACUGGAUGAUGUUUCGUGUAAAACAUCAGCUGUUUCACUGGAGGAUGAAAGGGAUUUAUCGGAAUUUAAUGUUACAAUCGAUAUUUUAGAAGAUGACGACGAUGACGAUAGAGAUGGAGAUGAAGACGAAAUAGGAGAUGACGAAGGCGACGAUGAAGAUGAUGAGGAAGAAGACGACGACGUUGAUGAUGACGACAGUGAUGAUAAUUACGAAGAAGAUGAAGAUGAUGAAUUUUAUGACGAAGAAGAUGAUGUGGAAGAUAAUAAUACGUUUGAAAAUCGCGUGACUCUAACAUACUUAGAUGAGGAAGCACAACAUUGUAGAGAAAUAGUAGUAGGGCAUGAUACCGCCGAAGAAAUUUAUAACCAAAAACUGAACUUACAGAAUUCUUUCAGAGACAAUAGUGAUGGCCAAGAAGAUAUUUCGAUAGACUUGGUUGAUGGAAAUCGUGUUCCUAAGAUUGAUUUAAAAAAAAAAGGAAUAAAUUCCAGCAUCACAGCUAAUAAUGUGAAAGAAAUAUUCAAAUCAUCUAUGAGAGAAAUGAGAGAAUUUCAGCAUUUAAACAGCUCCAUACUCCGAAAUAAAUCUCAAAGUGAAUGUUUUUUGUUAGGGAAUCAAAGUAAAUGUUCAAGACCAAUGGAUAAAAGUUUUUCUUAUCAGAUGAAAAUACAUACGUAUGAGAAAUCGCUGCAAAGAUUCAAAUCAGAUCACAAAAAUGAAAAUGAUCAUACUACUAGUAAAUCAUCAAAAAAUGAGGCAUUCUUUUUAGGUAUAGAACCAAUUCGAGCUGAAUACAAUAGCACUGUUGAUAACAAUACGAUUAACCAUACUAUGGAAGAAACUGAAGUAAUUGGAAUUGAUCAGGAUACGUUACAACAAAUGCAAAGUCUUGAGAACCAGGGUGGAUUGCAAGACACAUAUGAAGAAAUUUCAGCCUGCUCUGAGGAGGUUAUGUAUCCAAUAUUAGAAGAUAUAGAAAUUAAUUCGGCUGAUAUAAAAAUUUCAGAAGCAUCUGCAUUAUCUGAAGUCGUAGUAUGUCGCGAAGCUAAUGAAAAUUUAAAUACUAAUAUCCAAGAAGAAGCAUUUCAAGAAGCAAACAAUUAUGUAUGUUCUGAAAUGUUGGAUUGUCAGUGGGAUUUACAUUCAAGAAUUAAUAUUGGAACAGCUAAUAAAGAAGAGCUUCCAUGGACAUCUAUUUCAUCUGAUAUAGAUAAUUCAGUAUUGACUAAUUCACCCGUUUCUUUUAAAAGUAAAUUACACGAAGGACAGAUUAUAACUGGUCAGAAAUAUUCUAGAGUAAUAGCAAUGAAUGAAGAUAUGGAAAAUAGAGUCGAUUCUUCUAAUUAUAUACAAUUACCAUUUAGUCAGUCAGAUGGUUUAAGAAUUAGUACUCCCGUACCAUCUUGUAUGAUGAAAAAUUUCCAUAAUACUCACAACUCUUCAAUUUUAAGUUUCCCACAAAUCCAAUCAAUAAGAUUUGUGCAAACAAAUUUUCAAACCACAUUAGAACACAAUUCUUCAGAAUCCAUUAAUAAUAUACCGACAACGUGCUCUCAGCUUCAGAGUUCAUUGGAGGAAGGUAAUUCCUCGUGUAGUAAUGAACCACGUGACGAAAAUAGUGUAUUGAAACACCUCCAAAAUAUUCCGUCAAAAAAUGCUAUUCAUGCGCAAAAUUCUCUGACGCAUAAUACUGUCGUUUUUCAACAACAAAGUUUGCAUCCGUUAUCAUCUCGCCAAUUAAUAACAACAUUACAACAACAUCAUCAGUCACAUGUUCCUUUAGUAAUGAACGUGUCAUCUAGAAAUAAUCGUACUGGUAUACAUAGUAAUCAUCGAUUCAGUCGCACUGGAAAUAGAGAACAAGUUAAUAGUCGCUCUCGUAAUAUGACUAAAGAACCACCGGGUGCAGUAAAUUUAGAAAGAAGUUAUCAAAUAUGCCAAGCUGUCAUCGCAAGCUCGCCUAAUAGAGAUCAACUGAAAGCACAUCUGAAGCCUCCUCCUAGUCUAUUAACGAAGAAUGAAAAGACAUUUGACUCGAAAUUGAAUAAUCGAUUGGGAAAUAUUCAUAAACGAAAAUUUUCUCAUCCUAAUCAAUCUAUUGUGACUUGUUCAAGAAAACACGCAACUCCAUCAGUCAAACGUUUAUUUAAAAGUAAAAAUAAUGAGAUUGUUAAAAAAAUUAACGUUCAACCUAUGGUCGACGAAGAUAUUGAAGAAAAUGAAUGUUAUAAGUUCGUAAAAAAAAUUGAGAUGGAAAUAGCUCCCCGGGCAUCAUCUGCUCCUCCCUUACCACCACCAAUGAUUGCAGUGAAUUUAUUCAAAGGACGACCAGCGAGUGCUGGUGAACGAUCACAUGAGGUAAUUUCUCUGAAAUCUAAUAACGGAAGUUAUCAUAUAAAUGGCGAAAGUGAGCCUAAUACACCAGAUAUGACCAUUGGCAGUCAACCUCCGUCUCCAUGUGAAUGUAAUAUUCAAGAAGCGAUGGUGAUAUGCCGACAGUGUGGAGCAUUUUGUCACCACGAUUGCAUUGAUCUCCAAUGCAUUUGCGCUAGUUGUCAAUACACUAAAGUACUUUAGUUUAAAUGAAAUUCGUUUUGAAAAUAUCCUAAUAAAACUAUACCUCUUUUUUAUUAAUUAUUUCAAUUAGAUACUCAGAAUCAUGCAUAUUUAAAUAGUAUUAAAAAUGCUAUUAUGGAGUAAUCUAUGUAUAUAACAAGUAUUAUGAUAAAAGUGCCAUGUUUAUUUUAAUUAAGCACAAUAUUUUUACUAGUUCUAGUACCAAUUAUUUAGUUUCGUGUAGUUUAUAUCAAAAGGUUCAUUGAUCUGGAUAAUGUAAAUAAUAAA